CAACACAACACCAACAAAAAAGAACGAACACCAACUGUUUCGUAGGAGAGAGACCACAGACGAUCCACCGACCAAAGAAAAGAAGAACCACAACAACCACAAUAACAGCAGCAGCAGCAUCAUCAUCAUGAACACGACCCGAACGAUUGCUCGCCACGCGGGUUUUCGCUGUGCCCUCUCGAGCCGUGGAGCCAACGCAAUGGCAAACCGCGUGGCCCGCGGCGGUGCAAACGCAAACGCAAUUGCCUUCCGGCCGAUCUCCACCGUGCACCGCGCCCUGGUUCGGGAACGAGGCCCCGGUCCUUCCGGCACCCACCGCCACCACGGCGGCGGCAGCGGCGUUCUCGCCCGGCCGGGCCGAAACGGCCGUUCCGUGGGGUCCCCCCGUUUCCCCCGCGCCGGGACCCCUUGCUUUUCGACCGCCGGCGGCGGGGGAGAUCUCGGGAGCGCACAACCGCCGCCGCACGAAACCGAAACCAAAACAGAAACAAACACAGAACCGGCCGGAUACGAUCCCUUCGACAUUACGAAAUCCUUUGGGGACACGAGCUACUACUUCCCGCCCCCGGAGGAAACGGACCCUUCGGCGCUGGCCGCCCGGUACGAGGGCAUGACCAACGAGGAGCUCAUGGACACGAGCACGAUUGCCCUGGAAGACGAGAACAACAACAACAACGACACAGGCACCACCGUUGCGUGGGGCGACGGCCUCAUGCACUCCCCGCCGGUCCGCGACAAGAACGCGGGCCUGCCCAGGGGCAGCCUGGUGGGGACCGUCGUGUCCACCAAGAUGCAAAAGACGGUGAACGUGGCCGUCGAUCGCUACCGGCUCCACCCCAAGUACCGCAAGCGGAUCCGGUACACCCGCAAGUUCAUGGCGCACGACGAGGACGAGGUCGCCAGCGACGGAGACACGGUCCUGAUCGUUCCCUCCCAGCGCAUCUCGAAGAAGAAGCACUUUGUGCUGAGGGAAAUCGUCCGGGCCAAGGGGCAGCUGUAGCGCGGUCCGGUGCGCUGCAGAGCAGAGCAAAGCAAAGCAGUUCCUUGCAGUGCAAUGCAGUGCAGUGCUCGGCGGAAGAGUGACAACACACGGCGGAACGGAUCGUUCUGGCCUUGCCGAUCCAUCAAUCUUCUACUAGUUCACGAGUUUAAUUCAUAUAAUGUAUCGAGUUUUCUUGGCAAUUUCACUAUCAGCAUGGUAGAACUAACACGGUUUCGAGAGCUUCCGUUCAAUACACGUGAUCUUGACAC